UAAGUGAUGAUGUCAGGGUCGGGGGUCACUAUGGGAGGAGAGGUGGAGUCAGAGAGUGAGUGUGUUUUGGGGUGAGAGUGUGCUAGGAUAAUGGGAGGGUCAGGCUUGUGCUGUAUAAAUACCAGACUGUGAUGGAAAGAGGAGUGAAGAGACACUUGAGGACACUCAGAGACGCACUUUAAGACACAGGAGAAGGAAAGAAAGAAGGGAUCUGCAAUGACCAACAACGGUUUGAUCAUCGAUGUUGAUGUGAGAAGUCAUGAGAACAACUUGUUUCACCGCACCAGGGAGAUCGAUCGGGAGCGCCUGAUUGUCCGCAGGGGUCAACCUUUCUCCAUCACACUGCAGUGCUCUGACUCUCUGCCCCCAAAACACCAUCUGGAGCUGGUCCUGCACCUCGGUAAGAGGGAUGAGGUGGUGAUAAAGGUCCAAAAAGGACGCGGGGCUGGAGACAAGUGGUGGUUUAACCAUCAGGGAGCACAGGAUGAGAUGCUGCUGACCCUGCACAGUCCAGCAGACGCUAUCAUUGGCGAGCAUCACCUGACUGUGUUGGUGAUGUCACCAGACGGACGCAUAUUAGAGAAGAUUGAGAAAAUUAAGUUCCACCUGCUCUUCAACCCGUGGUGCAAAGAUGAUGUGGUGUACCUCCCGGAUGAGAGUCAGCUCCAGGAGUAUGUCAUGAAUGAAGAUGGAGUCAUCUACAUGGGGACCUGGGAUUACAUCAACAGUAUUCCCUGGAAUUAUGGACAGUUUGAGGACUUUGUGAUGGAUAUCUGUUUUGAAGUCUUGGACAAAUCCAAGGAGGCCGAGAAAAACACAAAGAUGGACACUGAGCGGAGAUCCGACCCCGUUUAUGUCAGCAGGAUGAUCACAGCAAUGGUGAACUCUAAUGACGACAAGGGUGUGUUGGCUGGUCGCUGGCAGGAGCCGUACACCGAGGGAAUAGCACCUUAUCGAUGGAAUGGCAGUGUGCCAAUCCUCAGAGAGUGGAGCAAAACCAGGGCAAGCCCCGUGAAUUAUGGACAGUGCUGGGUGUUUGCUAGCGUCGCCUGCACAGUGCUGCGCUGUUUAGGAAUCCCAACACGCCUCAUCACAAACUUCGAUUCAGCUCAUGACACGGAUCAAAAUCUUUCUGUGGACUUCCUGCUCAAUGAAAGUCUGGAGAGGUUUGACAGCAGAGAGAAGGCGGACAGUAGCUGGAACUUUCACUGCUGGGUUGAGUCCUGGAUGAGGAGAGAUGAUCUCACGGAAGGGAACGAUGGCUGGCAGGUUUUGGACCCCACCCCUCAAGAAAGGAGUGAUGGUGUGUUUUGCUGCGGCCCGUGUCCAGUGGCCGCCAUCAAGGAGGGAAAUCUCAGAGUAAAGUAUGACGCUCCGUUUAUAUUUGCCGAGGUGAACGCUGACAUCGUCCACUGGAUCAUCAAACGAGAUGGACAAAGGCAGAAGAUCAGAGUGGAUAAGGGGAGUGUGGGGAAGAACAUCAGCACCAAAAGUGUAUUCGGUGACUUCAGAGAUGAUGUCACUCUGCACUACAAAUAUCCUGAAGGCUCCCAAAAGGAGAGGGAGGUAUACGAGAAGGCAGGACGCCGAGUCACAGAGCCGACCAAUGAGAGGGUAGAACCAGUACAGCUGCAGCUGUCAAUCAAGCAUGCUAAGCCUGUGUUUGGGACCGACUUUGAUGUGAUUCUUGAGGUGAAGAACGAAGGAGUCAGGGAAGCUCACGCUCAACUCACCAUGCUGGCCAUGGCUGUAACUUACAAUUCGCUUCCCCAGGGGGAGUGCCAAAAAAAAAAAAGCGGUGUGACAGUGCCUCCUCAACAAGUCCACAGAGAAGUGCUGCGUCUGCACUACGAAGACUACGGCAGGUGUGUGUCAGAGCAUCAUCUGAUCAGAGUGAAGGCGCUCCUAGAUGUUCCGGGGGAGAACGAGCCCAUCAUGGCUGUGGCCAACAUCCCACUGAUCAUGCCUGAACUCCUCGUACAGGUACCCGGGAGGGCUUUUGUUUGGGAACCAGUGACAGUCUUCAUGUCCUUCAUCAAUCCUCUCCCAGUCCCUCUGAGAGGCGGUGUGUUCACUUUGGAGGGGGCUGGCCUGCUGUCUAACACAGAGAUCCUUGUUAAUGGAGACAUCGCUCCAGGAAAGAAGGUGUCGGUGAAGCUCUCUUUCUCCCCUGUGAGGACCGGAGUGAGGAAGCUCCUGGUGGACUUUGACUCUGACAGACUGAAGGACGUGAGGGGAGCCGCCACUGUGGUCGUUCGCAAGAAAUACACCCCUGUGUUUACCAGAUAUCAGUAAUGACCUCUGAACUCUCUCAAAGCGACGCGUCUCUAUUUGGUGACGUUUCGUGGCAUUCCCUGAAUGUGAGAGGAGGAGCUGCUCUGCCUUGCUGUGGGGGCUCGACGGUCAAAUGAUACAACGUUAGAUCAAUUUAAUGCAAACUAGUUGUGUUCCUAGAUGAACGGUCUCAUAAUAAUCACAAAGACAGACUGGAAUUCAUCUUAAUGCCACUGUGUCCUAUUAAAAAAACAAACAGCCUAUAUAUGCCUAUGUAUGUUCUAUGUUCCUGCUUCUACAUUUCAGUUAUGUGAACUAGAAAUAUAUUUUAUCAUUGCUUUCUUUUCAUCAACCUCCUCCGUAUCCCCUUAUGCUUUCUGUUGUUUACAUCGCCUUUAUUUUCAAACCUUUAUUUCCAUCUCUGAGAGAUCUAAAAGUAAUCAUGUCUCUGACUGAAGGUCUUUAGAUGUGUUAAAAAUCUUUGUGCCGUGUGCUUUUUUUGUGGAUAUUUGCUGAAGAAUAUCUGAUAGGACGUUUCUUUGAUUUUUGUAUUUUUUUGCACUGUUUCAAUUACAUUUGAGUGAUAAUACAAUUAUGAAACUCCCACUUUAUUACAUUAUUGAAUCUUUAAUAUAUAUACUUUUGCAUCAUUAUAUAGCCAGGCCUUUAAAAAAGACUGUUU